AUGGCCGCCAAUCUCAACGAGGACGACAUCAAGGAUCUCAAAUACCGACUGGAGGACGCGGCUGUCAAAUGCUCCGAGCGCUGUCUCUAUCAGUCGGCUAAAUGGGCAGCCGAAAUCCUCGACUCGGUCCUCCCAAUCGACAACUAUGACACCGAUCCCGAGUCCCCGAUGGAAAUCACAGAUCCUCCGCAGAAUCCUUACCUCCGCACCCAGGACCCGGUGGAAGCUGCGCUGGAAGCUCAAGAGUCUCACAAAUACCUCCUAGCAAAGGCGUACUUUGACACGCGUGAAUACGAUCGAUGCGCCUCGGUUUUCCUUCCUCCGACUAUACCGCCCGUAUCAUUAUCAACAUCAACCCAAUCGCCGAAACCGAAAGCCAAGUCGUCUUUAAAGAAGGGCAAAUCACAGGCGUCUCCGCAAUCUGGAACGAAAGACAGCGAUGCGAAACGAAAUCCGUACCCGCGCCUCAGUCAAAAAUCAUUGUUCCUCGCGUUAUAUGCCAAGUAUCUCGCCGGAGAAAAGCGAAAGAAUGAGGAGACGGAGAUGGUUCUAGGUCCGGCAGACGGCGGUGCGACAGUCAAUCGAGAACUUCCAGACCUUGCUCGCGGCCUAGAGGGCUGGCUUGCAGAGCGCCGGGAGAAAGGGGUCGAGGAUCAAAACCACGGAUGGCUCGAGUACCUCUACGGAAUCAUCCUCAUCAAAGGACGAAACGAAGAGGAGGCGCGAAAGUGGCUGAUCAGGAGUGUCCAUCUGAAUCCGUUUCACUGGGGAGCAUGGCAAGAGUUGAAUGACUUGCUUGCGAGUACCGAAGACUUGAAACAAGUCGUCGAGCAUUUACCCCGAAACAUCAUGACCCUCAUCUUCCACGUUCAUUGCAGCCAGGAGCUGUAUCAAGCCACCGAAGAUACCUAUCAAUCGCUUGCCGAACUUGAAAGCAUCUUUCCCUCCAGUGCCUUCCUGAAGACACAAAGGGCACUACUCUACUAUCACUCGAAAGAUUUUGAGGAAGCCUCCCACAUCUUCACAGACAUACUAAUCACAUCUCCCCACCGCCUCGACAGUCUCGACCACUACUCUAACAUCCUCUACGUGAUGGGCGCGCGGCCGCAACUAGCGUUCGUAGCCCAAGUCGCAACCGCCACAGACAAAUUCCGCCCUGAAACAUGCUGCGUGGUCGGCAACUACUACUCUCUAAAGUCCGAACAUGAAAAAGCCGUCAUGUACUUCCGUCGCGCCCUAACCCUAGACCGCAACUUCCUCUCCGCCUGGACUCUGAUGGGCCAUGAGUACAUUGAGAUGAAGAAUACCCACGCCGCCAUUGAAUCUUACCGCCGCGCCGUCGACGUUAACCGCAAGGACUACCGUGCCUGGUACGGUCUUGGCCAGGCCUACGAAGUCCUAGACAUGUCCUUCUACGCCCUCUUCUACUACCAACGCGCCGCGGCGCUGCGCCCCUACGAUCCGAAAAUGUGGCAGGCCGUCGGAUCCUGCUACGCAAAAAUGGGCCGCAUCGAGCACAGCAUCAAGGCUCUCAAACGCGCCCUCGUCGCAGGCUCAUACUACGCUGAAGACCCCUCGCAACACGGCAGCGCGCACGGGCGCAAGAUCCUCGAUCCGGAGACACUCUAUCAGAUUGCUACGCUCCACGAGCGCCUGGAGGACGAAGAAGAAGCGGCCGCUUAUAUGGAACUCACAUUGCAGCAGGAAACUGGUGGGCAACCCGACGAUGAGGGAUCUGACCUAUCGGAUAGUGAAAACGACGACGACCAGUCAACUUCCGGGAAUAACCAACGGCGCGAAAGGAGGCACCAGAAUGAUGAGGAGGAGGAUACAUAUCACGGCACCGGGCCGACGGCUACGACCUCUAAGGCGCGGUUAUGGCUUGCCCGGUGGUCUUUACGUCAUGGAGAUCUAGAGCGCGCGGAUCAGCUGGCAGGGGAGUUAUGCCAGGAUGGGGUGGAGGUUGAAGAGGCCAAGGCGCUGAUGAGGGAUGUUCGGGCGAGAAGGGAGGCGGGCGAAUGA